AAUAUUUUUAAAUUAUAAAUUUUAAAUUUUAGGAAUAUAAAUUUCUCGCCGCGAAAGCACGAGCCUCCACUAGUAAAUAAAGAAGCCGGACCGGCCCAACACAGAUGGAAGGGAUGAAUCAUAUUUGAUUGUGUCACUGCGUCCGCAACACAAGAGCAAUCUCGACCCUUUCUAAAUUCUAACCUCUGUUUCUUUCUCAACCACUUUCUUUAUCUCCGCCGUCUCCUCUCUCCCUCACCAUGGCGGCGGCGGCGGAGGAGGAUCUGAUCGAGAUCGUGGAGGCGCCGAUCGAGGUCCGGCGGUACGUGGACCACGUGCGCGACCCGGCGGCGGGGGCGAUCGCGACGUUCGAGGGGACGACGCGCGACACGUUCGAGGGGCGGCGCGUGGUGGAGCUCCGGUACGAGGCCUACGUUCCCAUGGCGCUCCGCCGCCUCCGCGCCGCAUGCGCCGACGCGCGCGCCGCGUGGAGCCUCCGCCGCGUGGCCGUGGCGCACCGCCUCGGAGUGGUGCCGGUGGGCGAGGCGAGCGUCCUCGUCGCUGCCUCCGCUGCGCACCGCGCCGACGCGCUCGAGGCCUGCAGGUUCCUGAUCGACGAGGUGAAGGCGUCCGUGCCCGUGUGGAAGAAGGAGGUCUACGAAGACGGCGAGGUGUGGAAGGAGAACGCCGAAUUCAUACACGCUCGGAUGAGCACGACGACGACGACGACGUCGGCGGCGGCGGCGGCGGCGGCGGCGCAGGAUAAGAGGAGCUGCUGCUGCGGCGCCAAGGUGAAGGUCGAGGAGGGGAAGGAGGAGGCGCACCAUAGCAACGGCGCUGGAUUGGAGGGUGGACUGGAAGGAUCGGAUCCUGACCGUCCGUUGUAGAUUCGACCGGUGGACCUUUUUUUCCUUUUAUUUUCUUACUUAGGGCGCGCGUUAAACUCUGGCGGAAUAAUCCGAGGGCUGUACCCCUUUUUUGUGUACUAUUAAAACCUUCGCUAUUUAAAGUAUGCGUUUGCAUAAUUUGAUUUUGAA